GAGGCACCCGCGGGCCCGGAAGGAGCUGCCGGACGAGCUGGGGCCGCGGCAGCCAUCGCGCUUUUGCAGUUCGGUCUCCGAGGCUGUGGGGCCCACGCCGAGCCGAGAAACGCGUCCGCUCCGGUGGCAGACCCUAUAAGACUUGGAUAUGUCCUUCAUAUUUGAUUGGAUUUACAGUGGUUUCAGCAGUGUGCUACAGUUUUUAGGGUUAUAUAAGAAAACUGGUAAACUGGUAUUUCUUGGACUGGACAAUGCAGGAAAAACAACACUGCUGCACAUGCUAAAAGAUGACAGACUUGGCCAGCAUGUGCCAACAUUGCAUCCCACUUCAGAAGAACUAACUAUUGCUGGUAUGACUUUUACAACGUUUGAUCUGGGUGGCCAUGUUCAAGCCCGAAGAGUAUGGAAAAACUACCUUCCGGCUAUCAAUGGCAUUGUAUUCCUGGUGGAUUGUGCAGAUCAUGAAAGACUGUUGGAAUCAAAAGAAGAACUUGAUUCACUAAUGACAGAUGAAACAAUUGCUAAUGUGCCUAUACUCAUUCUUGGGAACAAGAUUGACAGACCUGAAGCCAUCAGUGAAGAGAGGUUACGAGAGAUGUUCGGUCUCUAUGGUCAGACAACAGGAAAGGGCAGUGUGUCGCUGAAAGAGCUGAACGCCCGACCUCUGGAAGUUUUCAUGUGCAGCGUGCUGAAGAGGCAAGGGUACGGCGAAGGCUUCCGCUGGAUGGCGCAGUACAUCGAUUAGCCCCGGGGGUGACGGUACGGGUUCCAGGCGGGGUCUCCGGGUCAAGGUCUUCUCAGAGAUUCGAUCGCCCAACACUUGUAACUUGAAUUCAAUAGACUUUUGUUGGUUUCAAAUAGAUUUUUUUAAAGAUAUAUUAAUAUAUCAACUUAAUUUGAGUGAGAAUUGAAAACUGAUUCACGUAAGUUUGAAUACCACAUUAUUAGCUUUCAAAUUCCUUCAUAGUUUUUACAGUUUCUAGUCUGACCUUCUCCCCAGCACCAUUUGUAAAGAGCAGCUUUCCAACAGUACAUUUGAAGCACUUUUUAAAGAUGUGAACCUACAAACAUAAACCAUAUGUAAAGCUCAUCAUGUUAAAUUUUUUUUAUGUACUCUUUUGGAAAUAGUUUUUAAAUACUAGAUUCUCUGUCCACCCAUUAAGUAUGCAGUUAAUAAUUGGCUUAUCAGUGAUUGCAUGAUGCCUUACAGUCCUCAAGAAUACUUUUUCUUAUGCAAACGUCAUGCAAUAAAACAAACUCUAAUGUUUAGCA